CUACAGCUCACAACGAAGGCAGUAAUACCGACCGACGACCACGGAGCGGCUGGCUCACUCCUCACAUCCGCCGCGUACAGCUCACAACUACACGCGCCGAAAUCAGAUUAUUGUGUGCUUUUGUGACAUGUGUUGUGUAUAUUUAUGAGAGCAGUGCGAGUGCAUCCCGUUGUGAUCAAGUCAAUGUUGUGUUGCACAUGCACCUCGAGGACCGAGACUGGGCGGCGACCAAGAGCUGAUGAUGCAGCAAUAUCUGACGCUAGCGACCACGCUGUCGCUUCUAGCUAACGGCGUAUCCCCGCUGCAGUGCUACCAGUGCCUGAUCAACCCACAUCCGGGAGAGUAUUACAACACCACCAAGCGGCUGUGUGUUCACUUCGAUAGCUCCGAAAAAUUUGUCGUGGAUUGUCCCUACUCCACUAUGUGUAUGAAGCAGGAGUUCUAUCUGGAUAUACAGAAUGGAGUAAGAAUCAACGGAAUCCAACGCGACUGCGCUCAGCAGAAACACGAGUACCAGGACUACAAGAACGGCAGAUGGUCGCCUAAGACAGAGAUCGUCGAGGCAUACGAGGAAGGCUGCACUAGCCCUGAUGAUAAGGGUGAAAGAGCGGUUGUCACAAGAUACUGCUACUGCAGAAAUGACCUCUGCAACACCUCGAGCACGAAUCACGAGGGCUACACCGACAUCAUGGGAGUCAUCGUGGUGUUCAACCUCAUGAAAUACAUCAACAGCCUCAGAUAGUGACAGUACUCACGACCACUUGGC